UACGUGACGUUAUACAGUUCGGUCGUGGAUUGCAGCGCUCUAUUAAGUGAAAUAAUAAUUGUGAAGUAGAAGUGAGAAAUAAAAAGGCCGUCUAAUGAAAAUGGAGGGUGCUGUAAAAACUGAAUUAAACGGCACUCCGCUGCCACAAAGAAAUCCGAAAAAUCAAAACCAGAACCAAAAUCAGAAUUCUGGACCGGCGAUGGCCGCCGAGGAUGGCGUUCCAGAGAAAAAGCCACGUUUCGGUGGAGGUGGUGGCGGCGGCGGAGGUCCUGGUGGAAAUCAAGGAGGCGGCAUGGGAAACCGUGAUGGUAUUAGAGGAGGAAGGAAUCGUUUUCAGCGUGGCGGUCCUGGUGGCCUCGGAGGCCAAAAUCGCAAUAGGAUGGUGAAGCAAGAGGGCGAUAAUAAAGGACCUGGAGGAGAUGGUGUUGGAGUUGGUGGUGAUAAUAAUCAAGGAGGACGUGGUGACAACCAAGGACGUGGUGACAACCAAGGACGUGGCGACAACCAAGGUGGACGACGUGAUCGUGACCGCAUGGAUGACAGAGGAGGCCGUGGUGGUGGAGGUGGUCGCCGAGGAGAUGAUUACAUGAUUAUACAUAAGAUAAAACAGAUUCAAGGUCCCACACAUGAACUUCAGCCCAUUGAAGCUGAGGAAACGAAAUUCUCGGGAAGAAACCGUCUAUACAUUGGAAAUUUGACAAAUGAUAUUAAUGAAGAAGAACUUCGUGAGCUAUUCAAACCAUUCGGCGAAAUAAGUGAGGUGUUUUUGAAUGCUGAGAAGAAUUUUGCUUUCUUGAAAGUUGAUUACCACGCGAACGCCGAACGAGCCAAACGUGAAUUGGAUGGCUUCUUGCGGAAGAAUCGUGCUUUGAGGGUGCGUUUUGCCCCGAACGCAACAAUUUUAAGGGUGAAAAACCUAACACCGUUCGUCUCUAAUGAACUGCUGUUCAAAGCAUUCGAGGUGUUCGGACCAGUGGAAAGGGCAGUGAUCAUUGUUGAUGAUCGUGGAAAAUCAACAGGUGAAGGUAUUGUUGAAUACGCUCGAAAGGCUGGUGCUAUGGCGGCACUACGCUUUUGCGCUGACAAAUGUUUCUUCCUUACAAGUUCGCUACGUCCAUGUGUUGUCGAACCGUUUGAGAUAAAUGAUGACACAGACGGCUUGCCCGAUAAAUCAAUGAACAAGAAAACCCAAGAAUUUUUCAAAUCUCGGCAAAUUGGUCCACGCUUUGCAGAGCCCGGAUCUUUUGAACAUGAAUUUGGUACGCGCUGGAAGCAAUUGCAUGAAUUGUUCAAACAGAAACACGAGGCUUUGAAGCGCGAAUUAGAAAUUGAAGAAGAUAAGCUAGAAGCUCAAAUGGAAUAUGCACGUUAUGAACACGAGACAGAACUGCUUAGGGAACAAUUGAGACAACGCGAACAAGAUCGUGAUCGUCAGAAGAUGGAAUGGGAAAUGAAGGAGAGGCAACGAGAUGAGCAAAGGAUACGUGAAGAGGAACAGUUACGCCGACAAGAGGAACAGAUGCAAAUGCGCAUGAAUCGGCAAGACGAGGAAAUGCGCCGAAGGCAACAAGAAAACACCCUCUUCAUGCAAGCUCAACAGCUGAAUUCUCUCUUAGAUCAGCAGGAAAUGAACCAAGGAAAUGAUAUGAACAGUGGUAAUCAAAUGGGACCUGGCAAUAUGGGAAACCGCAAUAACUUUGGAGGCAACAUGAAUCGUAACUUCGGAGGUGGUGAUAAUAAUAUGGGGGGAGCAGGAAAUCAGGAUCAGGGAUUCAUGCCGUUCGAUAUUGGUAUAAAUGAUAAACCAAAUCAAUUUGACAAUUCGAAUCAAGGUGGCGGCGGAGGUGGCGGACCAAAUCAACGUGGUGGAAAUCGACCAUGGAAUAAUGAAAAUAGAAGAGGCGGAGGCAAUGAUUUCCAAAAUAAUAAUAAACGGAGACGAUUCUAAAAGAGAAGAAUUAAUUUUAAGUAUUUGAAAAAUGAGACAUAAUCCAAGUACAUAUUUCGAUGUACAAAAAGAAACUUCUUUUGAGUUUUCUACAUUUUAGUGUCGUAUGAAGUUUAGAAAGUGCUUGAAGCAAAGCACAACUUUCCAUUUAAGAUUUUAAUCUCUACAUAAGUCUGCUUGACAAUGUGUAACAAAAAUCGUAUCGAUAAUCUAUAUAAUAUUCAUAACUCACCAUGAACAGCGAAAUUUGAAGUUCAUUCUUUUUUUCUUUUCUCAAAAUAUCAUUGAAUUUAGUUUUAGAAAAACAACCACGAGAAAAUGAUCUGAAUUAUGCGAUCGGGCUAAGACUUGUGUUGCACAGUCCAAAGUCGAUUAGCGUUCUCUAGAAUUCCUUGGGAUGUUCUUUAUUUAUAAAAAAUUAGGUUUAUUAGUGUUUACAUUAGAAAUACUUGUCAAGGUAUCAUGAACACUGGAAUUUCUCGCAUGUAGAAUUCCAAACAAUGUUUCUAUUCAAUGUCCCUAGCAAAAUAAUAUAGACUUGUAAUAAAAAUAUUCUGCAUUAUAAAUUAUUUACCUGGGAGAUGCUCUGAAUUCGGUAGCUUGGGUUUUCUCUCUGCCAAUUAACACAACAGCGAUUUUUUGCGAACCUCGCUUAAAGAUAACGUGUUUAUUUGACUUUUUGUUUAUCGAGCUCUGUAGGUCAUCUCUGAAUCGAUUUUUGAGUAUGGUCAACGAAAUGAGUUAUUCGAUUGUUUGGGUGAAACAGAUACAACUUGAGGGUAUUGUCACGUUUUCUGUAGCUAAAUUGCUUAAGUGUGGAUAAGUCCAUAAAGAUUUGUCGAACAGAGGGAAUUUUUUGCCUUCAGAUAUUGGAACUUUUGAGGAACUAUCCCCCUUGCGUACUUUCCAAUACGGAAAACGAUAUGCUUCCAUUCGCACUUCAACUAAAGAAAAAAAGGAUGAAGAGGUGGUGUUUCAACGAGUACUGAAGGUGUCCCAUUGUUCUGAAAAGGGUAACUUCCGAUUGAAUCCUCAUUGAAAACCUCUGUUAGCAUUUGUUUAGUAUACAUUUUUAGAACCACUUACCCGACUUUGUUCUGAUCCGUUCAUUAUCAUGUGUGUGUGUUGAAUACUGGACAAUAUAAUAUACUGAUUCAUUUGACUAUCGUCGCUAUUAAGGAAACAAACGACUACUUAUCAUUGGACUGAAAUUGCUAAGUAGAAACUAUUAUGCCGUUAUACGUAUUUUCUACUGAAGCGGUUCCGCUUAGUCUGGGGUAAAUAAACCUCUUCAUCUACAAACUAGAUCUUCUAUUCAUUUUAAAACAAGUUAUACUUUUGAUAUUUUACUAUUCAUAUUCGUGAAUUAAAAAGAAUAAUUUCGUUGAUGCAUUGGCUUCCGAAAGUCUGAAAUAGCGGAUAUUAACACUUCCAAUGGUGAGUGUGCUGCCGCUGGGAAAAUACAGUCGCGGCCAAUGAAAUGUGAACAAGUUGAAAAAUUUAAAUUACAUUAUUUUAUGACUGAAAUUUUUAGCCACAUUUAAGAAGCAAGGCAAAGAUCGGAAACGUGCAUUAUUGCGCUUAAAAUUGUUUACCUGAAAAUUUACAGACUAUCUACAAACAACAAAAUUAGGUAAAAUGUAAAAAAAAAUUCUUAAAGAUUUCCACCUGUUUAUCAAAAGGUAAACUUGUAUUAAAUUCCUUUAAAUGCUUUGACGUUUGAUCUUUCAAGUGGUAAUGUUGGUACAUAUUAGAUGCACUUUUCAAUAUUUUGUUGAACCGCCUCUCGCAUUUAUAACCGCCAUAAUUCGACGUGGAAUUGAAACGAUUAAAUUUUUCAAGACUCUGCUGGAAUAACUUCGUACCAAAUCUUUUGGGUUAUUCUGUCUAGCUCUUCUAAAUUAGUCGACCUCUUUUUCGCUAUCUGCAUUUUUAUUAUGCGCCAAAGGUUCUCUAUUGGGUUAAGAUCCGGACUGCAGCCGGGAUAUACAUAUAGGAAACAUCGAGUCCCGCUAUCUGUUAAAAAUUAUUAAGGGCAAGACAGUUGAAAUUGCCGACUAUUGUUGAGGAUGAAAUUAGAAUUAAGGAAAAAAAUGAUUUUUGCCAAUUGAAGUCGAUGAAAAGGAGCAGAAUAAUCUUGGAAAAUCAUUUGAUCCACAUACGAAAAAUGCUCUUCGAGGACAGGUGCCAAAUUUUUUUCCAGGAUGUUUUUAUAUAAUCAACAGCCUUAAUCAUCCCUUCAAUCGUCCAAUUUGGUAAUACGAAAAGCAUCCCCAAAUCAUUCUGCUUACUGGAUGCCUUGAUGUUCGUAGAAUGCACUCAUCGCUUCCCAGUCUCUGCGCAUAUACUGCAUUCCAUCAUUACGAGAAAUGUUGAACUUCGGUUCAUUUGAGAAUAUCGAAUUCUUCCAAUCAUCCAGCUUUUCUGCUCCUUAGUUCACGCAAGGGAUUUUGUUUCAUUUGAGCGGUGAAGCGUAGUUUCUUAGCGGGCCGGUGUGCACAUAUCUCAGCCUGUUGGGGCCUUCGUCGUACAGUCCUUGUAGAAACUGGUGUUCCUCCAAGUCUAACAAAAUGCUUUCCAACCUCCUCAACCGUAUUGAAGCGGUAUCUAAGACUAAUCUUUAAGAGUCGAUCUUCACUUGCAGAAAUCUUUCUGUGGGCUCCUGAUCCUACUUUUCGCUCAGUAGACCCGCUGCAGACUACCCUAGCCGGAAUUUCCCGCACGCUUAAAGAUUCGGUCGCAACACCAAAAUCUUCCCUUUGGAACUUCACACAUUUUUUUUCACAUUCGGCAUCCUUUCCGUUUUUUUUUUUUACUGUUGUCUGUCUCGUCAUACCAUAAACACAUUAUUGAUUUAAAAUCUUCAAGGUCGCAUCUUUUUUCGCUAACAAAUUUACUACCCGCAAAAUACAGUACCUGCGUUUCCAUAGAACCGCUUCAUUGAAGUUUUAUAGCUUGUCUACAUUUCAUUGGCCGCGACUGUAUAUUUAUUAUAUGCGAGACACGAUUAUUCGUUUCCCAGUAGUUUCGUCAAUGUAUCGUUCCUUUGUGCUUAUAAUAGUUCUUCGGGAAUAUCCGCUUUCCUAAUUAAGUUUGUUUUUGAAGGGGAUGAAUGGAUUUGUCGAAUAUUUGCUUACUAACAUUUAUAUCCUCUACUGUUUUGCAUUUGCAAUUGGCCAGGCCUUUGUUCCGUGGUUAAUUGCUAAAUAGCAUCAAUAGAGGUUAGAAAUUGAGAUGCUCCUAAUUUUUACACAAUUCCAUUUAGAAAUUCAACUCGCUAAAAGAGAUUAACAUUUUGUUGUAACAAAAUGAUGUAUUUUUAAUUAUAUAUGACAAUACUGCUAAACACGGAACAGAUAAGGAAUUAUUCCUCUCAAAAAACUAAUUAUUUACAACGAAUUUUUUUUACCAAUUGAUUUUUUUUCCAUUUUUAGUGGAAUUAAAUUCUAUAGGGUUUGGACUUGGUAGGGUUUUCUGCGAUUUAUCGUAUAAAAACACGUUCAAUAAUUCCGUACAAUCUGAAUGUCCCUUUUAGAAUUUGUCGUUAUUAGAUAUUUUGUGACAAUAUUGCUGGACAUAUAAAUUUGCUAUACAAUUUCCACCUAAUUAAGAUGCGACAUGAAAAUCAAUUCUUUAUUUCACCUUAAUCCUGGGAGUGUCUCAAAGCAAAAACAAUUGUAAAGCUUGUUUCAUACAAAUCACAGGCUUAGAUAAAAACAAGAGGUUGGGAAUGUGCUUCCUUGUGUCUGUACUGAUUCUAUAUGUGUAAAAUCAACAAAAUAUAAUCCCAACAAUAAUUUCACUAAACAUCGUUACAAGGGAUCUAGUUGUGUAGAAACUCUACAAAAUAGGAACGAAAAUAGUUACGCAUUACAUCAUAUUUACAAGAGAAUCUACGUUGAAUUUUACUUUCGAAGAUGGAAUUCAUCAAAUCUAACUUAACUUGCUUGGAACAAUACUUGGACUAGUUUCCAGUUUUAUGAACGAAAUGAAGAAUACAAAUAUACGUGACAACGUUUACAUUAACUGAAUAUGUUGCUGCUUCUAAGAACUCUUGAAAUAGAUUCGUUGAAUCUACACAACAAAAUCAUUGAAAAGCUACCACCAUGAACUUCUCAGUAUCUAGAGACUGGUGAAUUUGCGCAAUUCACUGCUGCUGGAGAUUUUCGCGUUUGGAUAAUCUAAAGUAAUCACUGGGAACAGAAGAAAUCCUUAAAUAAAGAUUGUUCAGCCCUCAUUCGCUUGGAAGAAGUUGAUAACUGGUCAAUUGCGACUUGUUGGAUCAAGAUACCACAAUGGGAAAUGUACCAUGGCGAUUUGCACCAGCUACUGGUAUCUAAGCACUGACGAAGGAAGUAAGACAUGUGUGGAAGUUGACAAGUGGUUUCUCUUGUAGCUACUGGUAUCUAAGCACUGACGAAGGAAUUCGCGUUCCCCUAUCGAGUUUGGUUGAGGAAGUGUUGCGUUGACUGCUGAGUUUUCCAGUCUCUUAUGGACAUUAGGCGUGAAAUUAUUGGGAGAUUAGUAGAGUCGUGACGAAAAGUAUAGAUUUCGUGCGAUGCAUGACGGGAAAUAAUAAUGGCUCGAUAAUGUGACGACAGUGCGAUAAUGAUUCUGUCGUGGGUGCAAGUUUACUACAUCUGCGUUUCAAGGUUGCGCGAAGCAUGCAAAUUUGAUAAUUUCGACUUUAGAUCGUAAAGUCGAUGGCGUGCAGUGCAUUGAAUCAUAAUUACCUUGAGUUCUCGCAAUAAGUUUGAUUUUUAAACCAGAAUAUCGAAUAGAAUGUACACUUUGUAUAAUAUAAUAAUAAAUAUAUGAAAACUGUA